UGGUUCUAGUAGGGAAAUACAAAUUUCUUAACUUUUUAUAGAACGAUUUUACGGGUCUGAGAAAACUACAUUUCCCACAAUGCCAUGCACCUUUUCCUGUACAUCAUUCUCGUGAAGAUAGCGGGCAAUCGGUCGUCAAAACAAUCCUAUCAUUUUGAGAAUUUAUGUCAAAUCAAAUAUAUAAAUCACCAGGCUACGGGAAUUGAUAUUGUUUAAAACAACCGACUCAAAGAAAAGACAAUGAUCCGCUUCAUCCUUAUUCAGAACCGAGCAGGGAAGACCCGACUGGCCAAGUGGUACAUGCAGUUUGAUGACGACGAGAAACAGAAGCUGAUUGAGGAGGUACAUGCUGUGGUGACUGUCCGUGAUGCCAAGCACACCAACUUUGUGGAGUUCAGGAACUUCAAGAUCAUCUAUAGGCGCUAUGCAGGUCUGUACUUCUGUAUAUGCGUGGAUGUGACAGACAACAACCUGGCAUACCUGGAGGGCAUUCACAACUUUGUGGAGGUGUUGAAUGAGUAUUUCCACAACGUAUGCGAGUUGGACCUGGUGUUCAACUUCUACAAGGUGUACACGGUGGUGGACGAGAUGUUCCUGGCGGGGGAGAUCAGAGAGACGAGCCAGACCAAGGUCCUCAAGCAGCUGCUAAUGCUCCAGUCCCUCGAGUAGCCAACAGAGCAGCCAUCUUGAACAGUCCAUCGCCUAACCCCAUCAGUCACUCUGGAAUGGACCCCUCUCAUUUGCCAGCCUCCAUGGAGCAGGCCCUUACAGAAACCAGGGGCUUAUUCACGAAGCUGCAAAGUCACAGAAGGUUCAGAUAGAAAUGCAUAAUGUAGAACAGACAUUCUGUCAUGCAGAAUUGGGAAUCUAGUCAGCUCUACACAUUACAUUUCUAUUUGCAACAAUGAGAGUUUCAACCUUCUGAUUAUGCCCCAUAAAGACUGUAUUUUGGUGAUGCGUGGCAGAUAUGGCCCUUAACACUUUCAUUUCUUAACCACCAGUUCAAGUAAAAUCAUCUGGAUGAGUACAUUUGCUGCACUUGAAAAUAAAUGUUCUCUCUAUGCCCUGUCUCAAGCUGGAGGCUGCACUUAUGGCAGACUAGGGUUGCCAGUUAUUCACCUGUGUAUCCUGCCUAUACUAGUGGAGAGCGAGGAUAACAAGGAUGCACUGUUCUGGCAACCCCAGAGCGGCACUAAAGUAGCUAACAAGCACAAGAAAACCCUUGUAAACUGCCUGUGAUAUCCCUGUCUACUUUUCACCAUACUUCUGCCUGGGAGAAUCAGUUUGAGCUGCAGAGUGACUAAACCACCACUACGAAUGCCCAUUGAACUCUGGUGGUGGUUCACAGUUCAAUGGAGUGCACUUACUAUGAGUGCUGUUGAGAGGUCUGGUAAUGGCAACCUGUAAAGGGUCGCAUCUACUGUGAUAUUAAAUAGGAGAUUCUCUGGUCUUAACUUAAUGUCAGGUUAUAUCAGACAAUGUGUCUCCACUCCACAUACGGUGCUUGUUAGUCACACCCAGAUGUGUUAAAAUUUAAAUACAAACUACUUUAAGAUAAAGUAAACUCAACAGGAAAAAAAGUUACUGAUAAGGAAUCUAGCUAAUGGAAAUAUACAGUGAUAUAUUUUAUGUAAAGCAGUACUGUGAAGUUUGUUUUGUAUGGUGUAUAUAUAUAUAUAGUGUGAAACCAUUGUCCAUUCCAGGCCUUUCCUCAGCUUCUGCCUCUCUCGUCAAUGGGUGUUUAAUACACAGAUCCGAAUUGGGGGGAAAUUCCAUUAAUAUUCACUGGUCACCUCAUUCAUACUACAAACAAUGGGUUUCGAACAUCAACCAGAGGCCAAAAAAUAGGUCCAAAACUCCAGAGGCACUUAACUAGGUCUGUGACGCCACCUUCUACCGCUUCUCAUUGUAAACAUGUCCAGUCUUGCAUCUCCCAACAUAUCACUAUUAUGGUCUGUUAAAUGUUUUGUUUUUUGGGGCUAUAGUGUGAGAUGUGAGUUUAGGUGUUACUGUCUCCUGUCAUUCUAUUCCAGUCAGUGUAUAUACAACAAAAAAUCGAAGUACUAAAUAAAGUGUUACAAAUA